AUGCAGCUGCUUUCCGGUCUCGCUAUUAUCGCUGUUGCGUCCUUCAGUAUGGCUUACGCAGGAUACAUACCGCACGGACACGCUACCAGCUAUGCUUCGGUGGUGCAGCAGGAAGUUGUGCCUCAUCACGCCGCCUACUUGGCUCCAGUUAACCUGGUGGCCUACAGUGGCCAUGGACACGAUCACUACGAACAUCACGAACCACAUCACUACCCCAAAUACGCUUUCGAUUAUGGUGUCAAGGACGCACAUACUGGCGAUCACAAG